GCGCGCGGCGGGCAGAGCCGAGUCUGGGGCUCUUUUGUUCCGCGGAGCUGGGACGAUUGGCUGGGCCCGGGGGAGCUUCGCUUAGCCUAGCUGAGGUGAGGAGGGGCACCAGGCGCUGGACGUGACCGCAGCUCCUCUUGGCUUAGACAGCUCACCUUCCUCUUCGCCGUCCCCAGCCUUCUGCGACGCGCUAGCGGCGCGACACCGAUUCCCCCCGGGUUGAGUCGACGCUGCUCUGAGAUGCAGUAUCAUAGAGCUGGAAGGGGCCUUAGAGAUCAUCUAGUCCAGUGUUUCCCAACCCAAACUGUACAACGGACAGCAGCGUCAGCCUUUAUACCAGAAAGCUGGCGGGUACAAUGGGAAAAAAGCAAAACAAGAAGAAAGUGGAAGAAGUACUAGAAGAAGAAGAAGAAGAAUAUGUGGUGGAAAAAGUCCUUGACCGGCGAGUGGUGAAAGGCAAAGUGGAGUAUCUGCUGAAGUGGAAAGGCUUCUCCGAUGAGGACAACACAUGGGAACCAGAGGAGAACCUGGAUUGCCCUGACCUCAUUGCUGAGUUUUUACAAUCACAGAAAACAGCCCAUGAGACGGACAAAACAGAGGGAGGCAAACGCAAAGCUGAUUCAGAUAAUGAAGAUAGGGGGGAAGAAAGUAAGCCAAAAAAGAAGAAAGAGGAGUCAGAAAAGCCCCGAGGCUUUGCCCGAGGUUUGGAACCUGAAAGGAUUAUUGGUGCUACAGAUUCCAGUGGGGAAUUGAUGUUCCUGAUGAAAUGGAAAAAUUCUGAUGAAGCUGACCUAGUCCCUGCCAAGGAAGCCAACAUCAAGUGCCCCCAAGUGGUCAUCUCCUUCUAUGAGGAGAGGCUGACGUGGCAUUCUUACCCUUCAGAGGAUGAUGACAAGAAAGAUGACAAAAAUUAAUUCCAUCAUGUGCCAGCCUCUGUGUCCCUCAGACUGUGGAUUUGAAGUGGGAAGGGUAGAAAGCGUUCUGCUUGUCUUGACACCAUAGAAGGGGCUUGAGAAGAUGUCCUUUGAAGAGCCAGUAUGAUUCCUGGCCUUACAGCAGCAUCCCAAGGGCUUUCGGCACUUCUGUGCUGUAUACUUUGCAGACUUGUCCCAGUGGAGGGAAAAAAUGUUUGGGGCAGCCCAUUCUUCACUUUGCUGAGAGGAGAAGCAAAGGCCCUUCCAUGAAGAACAGACCUUGUGGAGCAAGUGUGGGGUCGAACAAAGAGAUAAGAUACUGCAGCUCUUCAAAGAGCAUCUCCACAACCCACAGCCGCCUUCCCAAUAGUGUUAACUCUGCAUUUUUACCACGUAGCAUGUGUGUAGUUUUUGGCUAUUACUGGUGUAUCAUUUGGAGGGGGUGGGGGAAGGGAUAAAGGGAUUGAGUAGGGUCAUUUUUUUGUUAAAAUGGGGGAGGGGGGCAGGGGGAAGUGAACUGACAAUAAUCCAGUUCCAUGUCCAGAAACUUAACUUUUUUAAAUGGUCAUUGGCAACAUAAAUGAGGACUGUGAGAGACUGUACAAAGCUGUGAAUGUCUAAAACCUAUAAGCCAAGGUAUGCUCUGCCUGAAAUUAGUGCUAUCUCCCAAAAACUACUCCAAACUGAUUUGGAGAUGGAAUUCUAGACAUUAGAGGCUGGGAUCGUGAGGGGAACUUGAAGGGAGAGAAGAGAAGCACAGAUAGGCCAGUCUGUUGUUAAAGGUGCUAAUUCUUGAAAUUGAACUGAAAAUCCUACAACCUCCCAUCUCCUCCAACUGAGUUGUUUUAAAUCUCAGCUUGCCUAUCCAGCCAAUGAUAUGUGGGGGUAGAGGAUGACAGGGCCCAUAGUCUUAGGGGUAGAUAACUCUUGGAGCCUCUGUUUUUUUUUUUUGUUUUUUUUUUUAAUUUGGAACUCCAAAACCAUUUGUGGUGGUGUUCUAACACUGACAGCACAAGUUUAAUCAGAUCAACACAAGGGUUGAAUGAUUUAGAAAGCCUCAGGAAAAGAAUGAACUUUUACCCUGGGCAUUGGUUCUUUUUUUAAAAAAAAAAAAAACAAAAACAUGGUUAAAAUGGAAUUUUAAAAAUCCUGGGAAUUACCCAGUCCCUGAAAUAAUUCUUGUCUUGAAUCAUGAGACCCACCAUUUCUUCAUGUCACCUAGGGUGGGCUAUAACUAGAAUGUCAUUGUAAAAAGAAAAAGUCUUUUUUUUUAAAGCAUGUUUUUAAGUUUCUGUGAAAAUUUUGAUUAAGAUGUAAACUUGUUGGAUUUGAACUUCAUACCAAGCUCUGUCAGUUUUUGUCUUAAUAAAAAUUUAGAUUUAUAA